AAAAUAUUUGUUAGUGGCUUUACUGUUGCACGAGUAAAAAUGUAGUGAUUUUGGAUAAUGCACUCAAUCAAAUAUAAAAAAUAAUAUAUGAUCAUUUUAAUAGAAACCAUAUAGUUUUUGUUUUAACUGUCGUUCUUUGUUCAAUCAUUAUUUUUUAUUUCAAAUAUUUUUUUCAAUCAGGCACUUACGAUAGACACACGCAAGCCCUGCGUCAAUGUACUUAGCCACCGUGGAGACGUGCGCCAUUUUGGCUCAAACAAAGUCAAGAAUGUUUUAUUUAUUAUAAAGUAUUUUAAAAUCGUUUGCACGAAAUUCUUUGUGGAAGAAAAUCUAAACUACGUUGUAGUUUCCAAGAACUAACAUUUAAUGCAAAUGUAGAUUUGUUUUGUUUUUGCACGACGUGAAUAGUUUGCUAAAAAGUAAUGAUAACAAAUUCCAUCUGAGCUAACUCAUAGUUUGCUAAAUUUGGCUUGGCUAAUUGUGCUUUAAUUUUGUGCAAUGGGUGGCUGUUCCGCUCCAAACUGCUCCAACUCUACCAGCAUAGGCAAACAGCUGUUUAGGUUCCCCAAAGACCCCGUGCGUAAGAAGAAAUGGGUGGUGAACUGUCGACGUGACUUUGAACCAACUCCUCACUCCAGACUGUGCCAAGACCAUUUUGAGCAGAGCCAGUUUGAGGAAAUAGCCAGGUCUCCUGCUGGAGGAAAGAAGCUGAAGCCCAAUGCGAUUCCUACUUUGUUCAGUGUGGGGGACCCUCCUUACCCUGCUAUCACCACUCCAUACAUCCUGCUACCGCUGAAGCAUGAGCCAGUGGAAAAGGAGCUAAACUUUGGGGAUCACGGAUAUGCCAGACGCACCCCUCUGCCUGGCCUGGGGGAUGAGGAUGCAGAUACAGCUGAAGACCAACAGCCCUGCACACAUUGCCAUCUUCUUAAAAAACAACUUGAGCAGGAGAUGCAACACACUGCAAGACUACAGAGGGAGGCAGAAGAGAUGAAAAAACGUCUUUAUCGGCUCAAUCGGAUUGAAAGGGGCCUUCAGAAUUUCCUGUACGAGGACCAGAUCAGAGCUCUAUCCCUCAGCAAGCGCUCACGUCGUGCUGUGUGGUCUCCAGAGACAAUCCUGAAGGCCCGAAAGAUCCGCUGUGCCGUUGGAACCAAAGGCUAUGAGUACCUGAGAGAAAUCGGUUACCCAUUGCCCUCCUACAGGACUCUGUGUAAUCGCUUGGAGACUAAGAUCAUGGUAACAACUGACAUGAGCUGUGAGGAGCUGGCAGAGCUCGGCUUGGGGCUCAUGGCCACAUGUGACAGUCCUACAGAAGGUGUUGGAGACAACGAUGAGGAAGAACUGAUAGGUGUUUUGUCCUGAUCCCGACACUGUGCAUGAAUUGCUGAUGUUAGCCAUGGGAAGAAGGGGAGCACAGAAUUUGCUGUGUUAAGCAUCUGCAAAAUAUAUGCUUGUCUUGACAGAAAUUGGGACAUCUGAAAUGCCACCUGGCUGCGGUUUAUUCUGCACUAUUAGAUGCCUUUGUUCAGCAGAUGUGUGAUACCUGGCCUAAAAAAAAAAGUCACCUUCAGGGUUUCUCCAUGAAUGGAUUUUCUCUACCUGACAGCAGGGAUGCAUGAUGACGAUGCAUGGUUUUAUAAGGCUCAGUUAGUUUUCUAAAAGAGUUGUUAGACACCAUUUUCAAACAUGGUUUGUCCACCACAGAGUCCAGACCUAAACGCCACUGAGAAUCUUUGGGAUGUCAUGGAGAAGACUUUCCUAUUGUUGCAAGAUUUGAUGUGCAUCACUGAAAGGUUAUAAAUAUUGUGAUAUCACAUAAGGCUAUUGAAAUGGUGUCACAGUACGAUACUCCAGCAAGAUAUUAGAAACACCUGUUUGUUUGUUU